GCAAGCCAUACCUCUCAUAACCACACAAUCCCAACCCAACCACGACCAUGAAGCUCUCCCUCACCGUCUCUAUCCUGACCAUCGCCGGCCUCGUCGCCGCCGUGCCCGCCCCUCAAUCCGACUCGCAGACCCUUGAGAACCAAGUCAAGGGCGUCGCCGCUCAGACCACCUCUACCACGAGCGAGAGCACGGUCGACCAGUCGCAGUGCAUCGCCCCGGUGCUGUGCUGCGGCACCUUGACCACUCCCUUGGACCCGCUCCUGGACCCCAUCCUUGCGGAUCUGGACAUCAACGCUGGCAGUAUCGUCGGCUCCGUUGGUCUUCUCUGCAAGCCUUACGACACCACCUGCACAACGAAGCCGCAGUGCUGCUCCGAAGUGAACCUCUUGAACGGCGUUCUGGCACUGGGCUGCUCUGCUCUGGAGCAAUAG